AUGCGAAAAUUUACUGUUAAAAUACCAUGGAGAUUAAAUGCUCGCCUUCGAAUUACUAUAAUUCUUUUACUUAUAAUUACGUUCUUAUCUUACCAAUUCAUUUUUAUCUCUGAUAUUUUUGAUUAUUCACUUUGGUUUGACCCUUCCUUAAAAAUUUCAUAUUAUCUUGGAUCUGAUGUAUAUCUAAAAAAUGUUACCCGUCUUCCUAAAAUACAAUAUGAUUUUGAUAUUCCUGAAACAUUAAAUGAAAAAUUAAUUCGUGAAUACAGACGUGAUUCUAUAAAAAAAGGUUUUCUACAUGCUUGGAGUGGAUACACGAAAUAUGCUUGGGGAAAAGAUGAAUUAGAACCUGUAACUAAUGAUAGUCGUGAUAAUUUUAAUGGUUGGGGUGCAACCAUUGUUGAUUCUUUGGAUACGAUUUGGAUAAUGGAUUUAAAGGAUGAGUUUAAUCGUUCAAGAGAUUUCGUUGAAACUGUGGAUUUUACUACAAGCGAUGAUCGAGUUAGUGUAUUUGAGACUACUAUCCGUUAUUUGGGUGGUUUAUUGAGUGCAUAUGAACUUUCAAAUGAUCCUGUAUUUUUAAAAAAAGCGUUAGACUUGGGAAACGCUUUAUUACCUUCUUUUAAUAGUGGUUCUGGUCUUCCCUAUAAUGAUUGGGAUCUUAAAUGGAAUUAUGAGGAUGAUUUUGAUAAACCUUGGGGUUUGGGUUCUUUGGCUCAAGUUGGAACUUUGCAAUUGGAAUUUAUGAAAUUAGCUCAACUGACCGGUGACAGCGAGUUUUUUUAUAAGGUUAACAAUAUAACAGACAUACUCGAUAGUUUGACAAAACCUUUCCCUGGAUUAUAUCCUUUGCAACUAGAUCAUGAAACUGGUGAAUUCGUAGGACACGAUAUAUCCUUUGGUGGUAAUGGUGACAGUUUUUAUGAGUAUUUAAUAAAACAAUACAUUUUUGUUGGAGGUGCGAUCGAUCAAUUUCGAAGAAUGUAUAUUGAAUCAAUUGAUGGUAUGCACAAAUACCUUAUUAGAAGAGGUAUGAUUGAAGAUCGUCCAGAUUUGCUCUUUAUUGGCGAACUAUCUUACGGAUCUUUUGUUGGAAAGCUGCAGCAUUUGACAUGUUUUGUUCCUGGGAUGCUUGCCAUUGGAUCAAAAGUUCUCGAUAGACCUAAAGAUCUCGAGGUUGCAAUAAAAUUAGCAGAAGCAUGCUAUUUUGCUUAUGAAAUGACUUACACUGGAAUUGGCCCAGAAGAUCUCUGGUUUAUGUCAAGUAAUGAUUCGUAUAAUGAAUCCGAAAAAAAAUUGUUGAAGCAAAAAAGUGAAAAUGCGGACCUUCCAAUUGGUGUGCUACGAUUGAGUGAUUCUUAUAUAUUGAGACCAGAAACUAUUGAGAGUUUAUUUAUACUAUACAGAGUAACAGGUGAUAAAAAAUAUCAAGAUAAGGGUUGGAAAAUAUGGCAGGCCAUCGAAAAAUGGUGUAAAACACCUUCAGCUUAUUCAGGGUUAUAUAAUAUAAAUUCAAAGGACGCUGUACAGAAUAACAAUAUGGAAAGCUUUUUCUUGGCUGAAACAUUAAAAUACUUAUAUUUACUAUUUAGUCCACCUGAUCUUAUUUCAUUAGAUACUUAUGUGUUUAAUACUGAAGCACAUCCUUUACUUAGAAUGGCACGAACUUUUUAG